AUGAAGAAAAUCACUAUAAUUGGAAAUAAAGAAGUAGGAAAAACCACUCUUUUUCGGCAGUUAGUCAAAAAUUACUCUCCUCUUAAGAUAAAAGGAGAAAUUAAGCCAAGUCCGUUAAUUAACUAUACAGAAAGUAUAAUUAAAAUAGGAGAUAAUAUUUACAAGUUAAUCGAUACCCCCUCUUUUAUUCUUUCUCCUAAGACAGAAGUCGAAAAAGGGAUCAAGGAACAAGCGGAGAAUUUAUUAAACGUCA